CAGUCUUUCUGCUGCCUUCUCAUAAUUGGCUGAACAAGCAGUGAUGCUACAUCCACCGCUAACCUUGUCCAGGACCAAAGGGAGGAACGGUUGAGGCGCGCGCAUCAGGACGUCAAAACGCUAAUAACAGAACAGGUGGAAUUUGCAGCGUUUCUACGAUUCUCUCUCAACUGGGAACAUGUUUUCCCACACCAUGUCUGUCAGAACUGGCAAAGAAUGUCACCAAUGAAUAUCUGUCAAAGAAUUGACUGAUAACACCGCGAGUCUCUUCUUGUAGCCGCCUUGGCUAUCAGCUUCAGCUUCCGACUCCGUGUAUAGUAGCUCUCCCGUCAACUGAAAGGACGAUACACGGACCCUACUACCAUGCCUGCAGAAGUCAACGACCCUGAGAGCAUUUUGAGCUACCAGAGGGCAGAUGAGGAAGUGGUAGUGGACCAAGGAGGAACCAGCUCAGUCCUCAACAUCCACUAUGAGAAGGAGGAGCUAGAGGGCCACAGGACUCUGUUUUUGGGGGUGAGUAUGCCCAUGGGUAGACAGAGCCACCGCCACCACCGCCCCCACGGCUCACGCCACCGCAAGAAGGACAGGAGGGCAGGGAACGCUACGCAGCAGGACGAGGAGGCAGAGGGGGCCUCAGCCUCUCAUGACACUCCGUCCCAGCGUGUCCAGUUCAUUCUGGGGACAGAGGAGGAUUCUGAACAUGUGGCCCACGAGCUCUUCACUGAGCUGGACGAGAUCUGUGUCAAAGAGGGCAAGGACGCAGAGUGGAAAGAAACUGCCAGGUGGUUGAAGUUUGAGGAGGACGUGGAGGAUGGAGGAGAGAGGUGGAGUAAGCCCUAUGUGGCUACGCUGUCCCUCCACAGCCUGUUUGAGCUGCGUAGCUGCCUCAUCAACGGCAGUGUGCUGCUGGACAUGCAGGCCAACACCAUCGAGGAGAUCGCAGAUAUGGUGUUGGACCAGCAAGAGGCGUCCCAUGAGCUGGACGACAGUGUGAGGCUGAAGGUAAGGGAGGCCCUGCUGAAGAGACACCACCACCAGAACGAGAAGAAGAGGUCAGGCCAUCACCAGCUCAUCCCUGACAUGGUGCGCUCAUUUGCCGAUGCCGGACGCAAGCACUCUGAACCCCACAUGGACAAGAGCGGUCCAACUGUCUCCCCCCAGCCUCUCCCCACCAACAUAGAGGUAAAAAAUGGAGCCAACCACGACAACAGCCAAGUGGACCUUAGCAAGGUGGACAUGCACUUCAUGAAGAAGAUUCCUACAGGAGCCGAGGCCUCUAACGUCCUGGUGGGAGAGCUGGACUUCCUGGAGAGACCUGUGGUGGCCUUCGUACGCCUCUCCCCUGCCGUACUGCUCACUGGCCUCACUGAGGUCCCCAUACCCACCAGGUUCAUGUUCAUCCUCCUGGGCCCAGACGGAAAGGCUCAGCAGUACCACGAGAUUGGCCGCUCCAUGGCAACCAUCAUGACUGACGAGAUUUUCCAUGAUGUGGCAUACAAAGCUAAGGACCGCAGUGACCUGCUGGCUGGUAUAGAUGAGUUCCUGGAUCAGGUAACCGUUCUGCCCCCCGGGGAGUGGGACCCUUCCAUCCGCAUCGAGCCCCCCAAGAGUGUCCCCUCUCAGGAGAAGCGGAAAAUUCCGGGGAUGCCCAACGGUACGACCUGCCCUGUGGAAGAGGAGUUUCACGCAGAACAUCAUGGUCCUGAGCUCCAGAGAACAGGAAGAUUGUUUGGGGGUCUGAUCCUGGACAUUAAGCGGAAGGCUCCGUUCUAUCUGAGUGACUACAAAGAUGGGUUGAGUCUUCAGUGUGUUGCCUCCUUCCUCUUCCUCUAUUGCGCCUGUAUGUCCCCAGUCAUCACCUUCGGAGGCCUGCUGGGGGAGGCUACGGAAGGACGCAUUAGUGCCAUUGAGUCUCUGCUGGGAGCAUCCAUGACAGGAGUGGCCUACUCUCUGUUUGCUGGUCAGCCUCUCACCAUCCUGGGUAGCACAGGCCCUGUCCUCGUCUUUGAGAAGAUCCUCUUCAAGUUCUGCAAGGACUAUGACCUGUCCUACCUGUCUCUGAGGACCUGUAUCGGCCUGUGGACGGCCUUCCUGUGUCUCGUCCUGGUGGCCACAGAUGCCAGCUCCCUGGUCUGCUACAUCACCCGCUUCACAGAAGAAGCCUUUGCUUCCCUUAUCUGCAUCAUCUUCAUUUACGAGGCUCUGGAGAAGCUCAUCCACCUGGGGGAACACUACCCCAUCAACACCCACAGCGACCUGGACAAGCUCACACUGGCAUACUGUCGGUGUGCAGAGCCUGAUAACCCCAGUAAUACAACCCUGGAGCUAUGGAGUCAGAAAAACAUCACUGCUUCUGCUGUGCCUUGGGCCAACCUUACUGUCAAGGAGUGCAUAGGUCUGCAGGGCCACUUUGUGGGUACAGCUUGUGGACACCAUGGCCCCUACACCCCUGACGUACUCUUCUGGUCGGCCAUCCUCUUCUUCGCCACUGUCUUCAUGUCAGCGUUCCUCAAAGAGUGUAAGACCAGCCGCUAUUUCCCCACCAGGGUGCGGUCCAUGAUCAGUGACUUUGCGGUCUUUAUCACCAUUGUAUUUAUGGUCAUGCUUGACUUCCUGAUUGGAAUCCCCUCGCAGAAGCUGCAGGUGCCCAGCAACUUUAAGCCCACCCGAGAUGACCGUGGUUGGUUGAUCAACCCGAUAGGUCGAAACCCGUGGUGGACGGUCCUGGCUGCCUCUAUCCCUGCUCUGCUCUGCACCAUCCUCAUCUUCAUGGACCAACAGAUCACCGCUGUCAUCAUCAACCGCAAGGAGCAUAAACUACUGAAGGGCUGUGGCUAUCACCUGGACCUUCUGAUGGUGGGGGUGAUGCUGGCUGUGUGCUCCAUUAUGGGCCUGCCCUGGUUCGUGGCAGCCACCGUGCUCUCCAUCUCCCACGUCAACAGCCUGAAACUGGAGUCAGAGAGCUCGGCCCCCGGGGAACAGCCCCGCUUCCUGGGCAUCAGAGAGCAGAGGCUCACAGGCCUGGUCAUCUUCCUACUGAUGGGCCUCUCUGUCUUCAUGACUGGGGCUCUGCAGUUCAUUCCCAUGCCUGUCCUGUAUGGAGUAUUUCUCUACAUGGGAGCCUCGUCUUUGAGGGGGAUACAGUUUUUUGACCGUCUAAAGUUGUUUGGUAUGCCAGCCAAGCACCAGCCAGACUUCAUCUACCUGAGACACGUUCCCCUGAGGAAGGUGCACCUGUUCACCAUCACCCAGCUCACCUGCCUGGCCCUGCUCUGGAUCAUUAAAACCUCCAAGGCUGCCAUUGUCUUCCCCAUGAUGGUUCUGGCUCUAGUGUUCAUCCGUAAGUUGUUGGACCUUUGCUUCACUAAGAGGGAGCUGAGUUACCUGGACGACAUAAUGCCUGAGAGCAAGAAGAAACAACUGCAUGACGCCUCCAAGAAUGUUGACAUUGAGCAGGAUGAGGAGAUUCUGGGUACAGCAGUAGAGGAUAAGACCUCAGUCCAUAUCCCCAUGGAGAGCAGCAAGCUCCUGCAGUUCCCCAAAACACACGACCCCAGGUGUGACCCCUCUGACAUUAACAUAUCUGAUGAGAUGUCUAAAACCACCGUGUGGAAAUCCCUCAACGCCAACCAAAAGGACAGUCGCAUGGGGGCUGCUAAGAAGGAUUGAAAUUGAAGAUCUGGAAUAUAUAGAUCAGUGAGAGAGUGGAACCAGAUGACUACAGAGGCUGUGAGCUACACUUCAAUAAGCCAGACACAUAGGUCAUAGAGCAUUUCUAAUGCCCCCUUGUGUUUUGGCUCACACACAUCUUUAACCCAAACACCUCCUCUACAAUACCGGGACCCCAAGAUUCUCACCAGCCCCCUCCCCCCUGACACCUAACGGCUGCUCUCAUACACCCCCAACACACACACAUUCCCUCAAACAACCACAACCAUACACCCCCAACACACACACAUUCCCUCAACCAACCACAACCAUACACCCCCAACACACACACAUUCCCUCAACCAACCACAACCAUACACCCCCAACACACACACAUUCCCUCAACCAACCACAACCAUACACCCCCAACACACACACAUUCCCUCAACCAACCACAACCACAGCAACAACAAACCUUCAGAACAGCCUUGCUGUGUCUAUGAGGAUGCUCCUUCAAACCCAAACCAGGUUAUUUUCUAAAUCACAGUGGCUCUACUAGUAUGUUAUCUUUACUUUAAAGAGUUGGUCUUUUUCUUUACUGUACCAUAAGUGUGUUUUUUAUAACGUGGUGGUCUUGUCAAAUUAUUUUUUAAUUCUAAAGUAUAUUAUUGGAUCAAUAAUGUAGAGAUAUUUAACUUUGGACAUAAAAUCUGUGUCUGUUUUUGUGCAACGUACGAUAUGAUAAUAUUGCUAGAAGAGACCGUACUUCAGUUCAACCAGUGAAAUCAAUCAUUUGAUUAUGCGCUAUAAUAAUCUGUUACCUUUGUGGAUAUAUCUGUGUUAAAUAUAACUGUUCAGAUUGGAAGCUCCUGUACAGAAUGUAUGUGAUCUUCUGUUUCUGUCCAUGUGUUUUACCUCAGUCGACCUCUUUGGAAUUGGGAACUCUUGUCAGGCAGUAUGGGUAGGACCUUAAGUUUUUCCAGAUCACAUGAUCUGGGUUGUUCCUGAUCAGGUCACAUGGUCAGGAACAACGCACAGCGCCUAAGUAUGGGUAACACUGUAAAAUGUUAGAAGCCAGAGGGGAGUAGCAGUGGAGCCUAGAGCAGUACAGGACCACACCUAGAAAUUACUCACAGAAAUGGCCAGAAUACACACCUUUUGACUGUGUGGGUGCAUUUCUGAGAGAGUUUAAUAUGUGGGCAUCCAUAAUUCAUCGGCAAAACCAAACAUGCUGAAUAUGAGCAAUAAAUUAUCCCAAACGAAUGGCCCUGUGCAGAAGAUCUACCUACCACUGAAUCUACCUACACUAAACACACUUACUGGACCUGACUGUAGAUGUUUCAAUGACCUCCACGUUUUGAGGACAUUUAAUUUCAUCGAUAAACCUGUCCAUUUCUUCUCAAAAGUGCAUCAUUCCUCCUUCCUCUACUCUCUUCUGUUGAUUACUGAUCUCAGAUCUGUAAUUAUAUAAAUGAAUGAAGGAAGGAUGUAUUUGAACAGCACCCUAAUCCAGUAAAUUGGGACCACCUUCCUUACUGUGAUGUGUGCUCUUUGCUCCUAGACUAGUGCCAGUUGGGAGGCGAGAAAACAUACUGGCACAGUAUUCCUCAAUAACAUACAAUUCAUUUGUAGUUGCACAUUGUAUAGAUAUAGUAUAUAUAAUAUAUAUGUUUUAUUUUCAAGAAACUGAGUAAGAGAUUAUGUAUGACAAUAAUUUAUUACAAUAAUUUAUUUUAGAAUAUGAAUGUUAAAAACGGUCACUUUCUGUAUAUAGUGUAAUAAAUGGGACAAUGCGCUAACAGGAAGCCUAAUGAAUGCAGCACAAAAAGCAUCUAAAUACUAACGUAAUAGGAAUGACUCCACUAGAAUAUAUCCUCCCAUGUUUACAAGAUGUUUCCCGCCACUAAAUCCAACUGCCUACUACUGAGAAACUUCAGGAAUGUGUCCAACAUGAUGAUAAUUGUAAUUGUGAUGAUGAUUGUCAUGAUCGUUAUCAUUUCUAUACAUCCCCAUGACUAGUGCCAAAGUGGCUUUAAGUACAGUCUACAUGCAGUAAUAAUACCCUUACAAAGAUCAUGAGAGAUACACCAUCUUGCUUCAGAUAAAGCCAUGAUUGUUUGUCAAUAGUCAUCUUGACAUGGAUCACCCAAUGGGUCCUAUAGAUUACAUUCCUCUUUUUUCCAAACCUGAUGGAAAUACUAAUGGAUGGAAUGUAAGAAACAUUGUACUGAGGAGUAACUAGAAAACACUGUAUUGUUUUUGAUACAGUGUGGUGAUGUUUUGCCUCUGUGCGUUAUACCUCUCAACUUCCUUUUAAAUCAUCCAAUCAUUUUGUUUCUUUGUCCCAGACAACAGUAUGAAAUGGCUUUGAGAAUAAGUAAAAGUACAGUGUGACACAAACACAAUAAAAUAUGAGAAUUCAAACAAUAUAAAACAGCAACAGUCAAACACUUAAAAUAGCCAACCUUGAAAUAUACAAACCACAAAACAUACAGUGAAAGCAGAACAUACAUUUAGAGAAAGAAACCAAACUCAAAAUGUGAUUUAAAAGGCCCGGGGCAGUUAAAAAAUGGAUUUUCCUGUGUUUAUAUUUCCACAUUACUAGGUUUGAAUAAUAUUAUGAAAUUGUGAAAAUGAUGAUAAUAAACCUUUUAGUGUAAGAGCUGUUUGAAAAGACCACCAGAAAUAUCAGCCUGAUUUUGGUGGGAUGGAGUUUUAGCCUGCCUGGUGACAUUAAUAGACCAAUAAGAAAGAUAGUUUUAAACCUCUGACAAUAACAGCUAGUUUUCAGUUUUCCCUUCCCCACUCAGACCACUCCCAGACAGUCCUAGCAAAAUUCUUGCUUGAGAAAUUGCUCUUUGCUAAGUAGCUAUUUUUGUUUAUUUUUCACAAUUUUAAUUGAAAACAAUCACAGCAAGUUCCUUAAUUGACCCUUAACUAAGCCCCACCCCAGAAUGUUGGGAAAUCAAUCACAGUGCUCCAAUGGAUAGCGUGUCAAACGCAUGAAAGCCAAUGAGAGCGAUGGCAAAACUUGAGUUUCAUCAAAAUGUAGCUAAAUUGUUUCAAUGGCUAAAUAACAAUGCACCAGGGUUACUUGCUACUGUGAUUCCUGCAAUGCAGAGCCUGUUGGAGAAUUUUUUUAUCCUAAUUAUACUUUUGUUACAUUGUUUGCUAGCUCAGCUGGUUAGCUAGCUCUCAGUCUCAUUGACCACCAAACAUUGCUAACACUAGCUAGCCACUUAUUAUAACUUGUUUUCUCAAAAUGUAUGUUAGCUAGCUAAGUUAUCUAUAUUAUGAAUACAACUAUAAUCCGCUGUUGACAUCAGGAUUCGACUUGAGAUAACCAGUUAGCUCCAAAAGUAGUUAUAGUAGUAGCUUUGACUGCAUGACAGUGCAUUCAGAGCCAUCCAAUCUUCCACAAACGUAAUUGUACCAGGUUCCCGUGAAGCAAUUGUAAUGACAGUCCACCACAACAUACCCAAUAGUCUCCUGAAUAGCAAGGAUAGUUUGUGUUUAAUUUAUUGUGUAUUAAAAACACAGUUUAAGAUUGUUGUGAGUGGUUUUCUCCAGACGUUUGACUGGGGAAUGGAGCUUCCCGGGAAAAUGUUGUCAUAGGUUGCAACAGUAACCAAGGGGGGCUUAGCAAAGGGUCAAUUGUUACCUAGAAAUGAUUUGAUAUUGAGAUAAAAACGGCUGCAUUUGACCUGUAAGCAAGCAGAGCUACUGUACAUUCACAUACUGUUAGUGGAUGUGCUCUCAGAAAAGACUUGAAUAAUUCAGCAAAGCAAUCUUAAAAAUGACAUGAUUAGUUUUAUGUGAUUGAGAAAUAAAAAAAUCGAUUCAAACAAUGUGUUAUUCUAUGUAUACAGUGCCUUCAGAAAGUAUUCAUACACCUUGACUUAUUCUACAUUUUGCUGUGUUACAGCCUGAGUUCAAAAUGGAUUAAAAGUAAGUGUAAUUAAUAACUUCACCAUGCUCAAAGGGAUAUUCUAUGUCUGCUUUUAUAGAUUUUUUUUUUACCCAUCUACCAAUAGGUGCCCUUCUUUGCAAGGCAUUAGAAAACUUCCCUGUUUUUUGUGGUUGAAUUUGGGUUUGAAAUUCACUGCUUGACUGAGGGACCUUACAGAUAAUUGUUUGUGUUGAGUACAGAGAUGAGGUAGUCAUUCAAAAAUCACGUUAAACACUAUUAUUGCACAUUGAGUGAGUCCAUGAAACUUAUUAUGUGACUUGUUAAGCACAUUUUUACUCCUGAACUUAUUUAGGCUUACCAUAACAAAGGGGUUGACUACUUAAUGACUCAAGGCAUUUCAGCUUUUCAUUUUCCAUUCAUUUGUACAAUUUUGUAAAAAUUUAAUUACAGUUUGAUAUUAAGGGGUAUUGUGUGUAGGCCAGUUACACAACAUCUCAAUGUAAUCCAUUUUAAAUUCAGGCUGUGUGAAUACUUUCUGAAGGUACUGUAUGUCAGUAUGCGCUGCCCCGGCUGUUCUGUCGAGUGUGUGUGCGUUGAGACUUUGACGUUGUCCAGUGCAGUGCAGUCAGUGCCACUGUGUCCUCGUCCUCACCCUCACCCCCAGUCUCAGACUUUUUCUCUGAGAUCAUACACUUCUGGUAUUAGCUGUGUUUACCCAAUGUGAUUGAGUGUGUCCGCUCCUCUCUUCCUCCCAUCCUUUCCUACUCUCCUCUUCCCCUCCUCUUCUCCUUCCCUCCAUGUAGUGAGUAGAUGAGUCAUAGUGUACAGUGUCAGACAGUGUUUUUCUGAUAAAUACAAGAUUGGCCUUGUGUCCACAAUUAAUUUAACAGACAAGGUCAAAGAGAAAGAGAGGGAUGAGAGGAGGGGGCGGGGUGAGAGAGAAAUUAAAGAGAGGGUGAGCGAUACAGAGGGCUUAGAGAGAGAGAUUUUCAGGGAGAAAGAUGCCUUGUCUGAAAAAUAUUGAAUGCUUAGUCCAUAGCAAAAUGAUUCUAAAUGUUUUAUAUGUGUAAUGUCAUUUUUGAUUAUGGAAACAUGGGAAAUAAACCAUACAUCUCUAAAAGUA